AUGAUGAUGAUGGUGGGGGUGGUGGUGGUGGUGGUGGUGGUGGGGAUGGGGCGAGUCCUGCUGCUGCAGGAGAAGGAACAGCAGCAGCAGCAACUGCAGCAGCAGCAGCAGCUGCAGCUGCAGCAGGUGGAGGCAGCUGUGAUGAUACUGCAGCAGCAGCAGCAGCUGCAGCUGCAGCAGGUGGAGGCAGCUGUGAUGAUGCACUGGUUAUUUCCUCUGCUGAUGAAGACACAGCAGCAGCAGCACCACCACCACCACCAUCAGCAGCAGCAGCAGCAACAGCAGCAGCAGCAAAACCAAGACGACAACCCUCAUCAUCAUCAUCAUCAUCAGCAGCAGGAGCAGCAGCAGCAGCAGCAGCAGCUGAGGAUCCUCUGCAUGCAAUAG